CACCGGUGCAGAGCGACGUGAACCACGUGCGCGCAUAUUAGGCUAUACAAGUAUAGUUGAACGUUAUUAAGUUUUCCGAAAAUGGCAGCCUCAAUAAGAUUGCAGCAUGCACUCCUAUUGGGAAAAAAAUCAUUUUCCCUCUCAGUAACUAAAAUAAAUAGGACAUACAAUUACUCUGUAUUAUCCAGAUGCCGAGGAAAUACAUCAGCAUGGACACUCAAUCAAGCAAGAUUUCUGUCAUCCCAAGCUGCUCCAGAAAGUUCUACCAUUGCAGAUUCUACAGAAGAUCACAAUAUAAUAAAAGACACAGAAAAGAAAAUAGGUGACACUGACAAACAUGAAUUUCAAUCUGAGACUCGAAUGCUGUUAAAUAUUGUUGCCAAAUCAUUAUAUUCUGACAAAGAGGUGUUCAUCAGAGAAUUGAUUUCAAAUGCCAGUGAUGCUUUAGAGAAGUUACGGUACUUGAGACUUUCUGAAAAUCUAUCCGCAGAUCAAGGUGCAGAUAGGAAUCUGGAAAUUCAUAUUGCCACUGAUAAACAAAAUCGUACUAUUGUUAUUCAAGAUACCGGAGUUGGUAUGACAAAGGAAGAGUUAAUAUCAAAUUUAGGAACCAUUGCUCGAUCUGGUUCUAAAGCUUUCUUAGAGGAACUUCAAGAAAAAAAAGGUGCAGAAGAAGCCUCUAAAAUUAUCGGCCAGUUUGGAGUAGGAUUCUAUAGUGCUUUUAUGGUUGCUGAUAAAGUUGAAGUUUUCACGAAAUCAUAUAAAAAUAAUUCAGAAGGACUUUACUGGGUAUCUGAUGGAUCAGGUGCUUACGAAAUAGCAAAAGCAGAAGGCGUACAGCCUGGAACAAAAAUCGUAAUACAUUUACGCAGCGAUUGUCGGGAAUUCAGUGAUGAAGAUACUGUAAAUGGUAUCAUACAAAAAUACAGCAACUUUGUUGGCAGCCCUAUAUUUGUUAACGGAAAAAGAGUUAACACUAUUGAGGCUUUAUGGAUGCUUGAUCCUAAAGAAGUUACUCCAGAGCAACACAUUCAGUUCUAUCGUUUCAUUGCCAACAGCUAUGAUGAGCCAAAAUUUACACUACAUUACACUACUGAUGCUCCAGUGAGUAUAAGAGCACUGUUGUACUUCCCAGAAGGUAAACCAGGUCUUUUUGAGAUGGCAAGAGAUGCAUCAAUCGGUGUUGCACUUUACAGUCGCAAAGUUUUAAUCCAAAACAAAGCCGAAAAUAUCUUGCCUAAAUUUCUUCGAUUCGUAAAAGGCGUUGUUGACUCUGAAGAUAUUCCUUUGAACUUAAGCAGAGAACUGUUACAGAACAGUGCUUUGAUUACAAAAUUGAGGAAUGUUCUCACAACAAGAAUUAUUCGAUUUUUGCAAGAGCAGGCGAAAAAGCGUCCUGAAGAUUACCUUAAGUUUUAUAAUGAAUAUAACACGUUCUUUAAAGAAGGCAUCAUUACCAGUACAGAUGAUACCGGAAAGGAAGAAAUUAGCAAACUGUUACGAUUUGAAUCUUCUAUGAAAAAUCCUGGUGAAGUAAUUAGCCUUGUAGACUACUGUGAUGGACUUGCAAAGGAUCAAAAAUAUAUUUAUUACUUAGCAGCUCCAAAUCGUGCUUUAGCAGAACAAUCGCCUUACUUUGAAUCAUUUAAGAAACGGAAAUUAGAAGUAUUGUUCUGUUACGAACCAUAUGAUGAACUCGUUUUAAUGCACCUGAAACGAUUUAAGUCUUAUGAUGUGAUAUCUGUCGAAAAGGAAAUGCAUCAAAAUACUGAAGCUAUCGAAAAAGAAAAUACUGGUAUUUUCAAUGAAGAAGAAGUUAAAGAUCUCAUCAGUUACGUAAAAAGGACUUUAAAAAAUAAAGCUCACGAUGUUAAAAUAACUAAUCGUUUAGAGUUUCACCCUUGCGUUGUGACAGUUCAAGAUAUGGCGGCAGCAAGGCAUUUUAUUCGUACUCAAAGCCAUCAGUUUAAUGAUGAAAUGCGUUAUAGUCUACUUCAACCACGUUUGGAAAUCAAUCCGCAUCAUCCGUUAAUUAAAAAACUUAUAAAACUAAAAACGUCUGACAAAGAAAUUGCUGAUAUGCUAAUUGAACAGUUGUUUAUGAGCUCCAUGGUUGCUGCUGGUCUCGUGGAAGAUUCUAGAGGCUUAUUGAUAUCUAUGAAUCAACUUUUGACUUUAAUCCUUGAAAAAACAGACGAUAAAAAGGUAGAUAGCAGUGAUAAGUAACCAAGUUAUACUUAUGAUUUAAUUAAUAUUUUUUGUAAAUAUGGCGAAUUUUUAUGUAUUGUUUAAUAUAUUUUUUAUAAGAAAAAGAAUGUACUAUAUAUUAUAUAAGAAUUAAAUCAGAAAUAUUAUGUAGGCAAAUAUUGUUUCAUUUAUUACAACAUGACCUUAUACAAAAUAACUUAAUACAGUCUUAAAUUUAUAACAAUUUAAGCUAUUAUGCAGAAAUAAUUACUUUUGACGAUAUGUUGCUAUUUUACUGAGGGUUUAUUUUCUUGUAUCUUUUGUAUCGUAUUCAUCGACGUACUUUUUAGGCCUAAUAUAAUAAUUAAAGUGUAUUAAUAGA